AUGCCCUCUAAAACCAAUUACACAGAUUCAGAAAAAGAAAGGAUAUAUACUAUUGUGAAUAUCAAAGAGUCUAUUAUAGCGUUGGAACAUGAUGUAACUAAGAUACAUCAAAAUCUUAAAAGAAUCGCCCGGGAAAUCUAUUAUCUAUAUAAAGACAUGGCACCAGAAGAUUUCGAAAAAAUGUUAAGAAGUGAUAUAGACGAAAUAUCGAGAAAUAAUAGGCGCAAGACAGCAGGGCAACUGGACUUAUCACUGUCAAAGAUAAAAGACAGGAUAGGAUUGGCCGAAGGCACUGUGCAUAGGCAUAUUUGA